AUGAGCCUCCAUCGCCACGACUCCGUCAAGAGGAAGCGCAGCACCGUCGAAAGCAGUCCCGGCAGCAUCGGCGACGAGGAUCACUCCCUGAUCGAGCCCGAAAAGAAGCGACAACCUGGCGUCAAGCGCGCUUGCAACGAAUGUCGCCAGCAGAAAUUGCGGUGCGAUGUCGUACAGAAUCCGUUUCAGAGUUGCUCGCGCUGCAACCGCCUCAAGCUCGAAUGCAAAAUCGAAUCGAAUUUCAAGCGCGUCGGCAAGCGCUCUAAACAUGCCGAGAUGGAAAAGGAGAUUGAACGAUUGCGCCGGAAUAUUGCCCAGGCCAAGGCACAGGGCUUUGUGAUGGAAGAAGAGGAGGACCUCCAAUCCCAAUUGCAGUCGCCCAUCGCCAACAGCACAUAUUCUCACACCCGAAACCCUUCCCUCAUGGGGUCCGACGAGGCCGUGACAUCGCUUCUCACUUUGAAGAGGGGUGGCUCUUAUAGCAUGCCUACCACUCACUACGCCUACGAGUUGGAACACGUACGUCUAACUGAGCAGGACGUGCACGGGCUGUUCCAAGAGUUUUUUACUUGUUACCACCCUUUUCUUCCUUUUCUCAACGAGCACCAAUCGCCCGACCUGUACUAUCAACAGCAUGCGCUCCUCUUCUGGACCAUUAUUGCCAUUGCAUCCCGCCGUUAUACCCCUAAACCUUCUAUCCUUCACGAAUUGUCAAGCGGUCCUCUCAAUAGGCUGCUGUGGGGAACAGUAGGAGACGUGCCCAAUAGCUAUUUUGUAGUCAAGGCCUUAUGUCUCUUGUGUACAUGGCCGUUGCCAACGAGUACGACGACGGCAGAUCCCACUCACAUCUUAUGCGGUGUGAUGAUGAAGGCUGCAACGGGCAUUGGCAUGCACCGUCCUAAUCAUACGCAGGACUUCUCUAGGGUGUCUGUAGAACUCAACAAAGACCAGCUCCAUGACCGCGUCACCACGUGGGCUGUAUGUAACAUUGUUGCGCAGUCUAUCGGCACGGCUUAUGGCCAGCCGGCAACUACUUUGUAUGAUUGGACGCUGGCAAUCCGUCCUGGCGAGGAUGGUCCCUUUACGUUGUCGCCGGAGCUAGAGGCGCGAUUGCGUAUAGAGAGAUUUGCUGAUAAAGUCUCAAAAGAGAUGUACAGUAACGCUAGCGAUCCACGAGGUGUUGCCGGUGACGAGCAUAGAGCCAUGCUAAUGCGCGUGUAUCGACGAGAUUUCCAAGAAUUACAAGCCUCCAUCCUUUCACAACAUUUAUCCCCCAUCGUUGAUGCUCAUCUGCAAGCCGCAAAUGUACAUCUACGCUUGGCUGGGUUCUUUGAUUCCAGCACUACGCCUGGUUAUAUGGAUGACUUGAUGGGUCUUUGGCGGGCCGUGUCCGCGUACUUGGAUCUUCUCUUCGUGGAUGCGAACCAGUAUAUCCUGGUUUAUGCCACUAACUAUCUCCAGCAAAUGCUUGUUGCUUGCGGAUUUGCCUUGUUGAAGUUGAUGCGGUCUUUCUUCGCUAAGACGAUAGACGCUUCCAGAGGCCGUACCCUCUUUCACAGAACCAUUACUGCCAUUCGCAAGACUAGCACCGUGGACAAUGAUUUGCCGUGGCGGUUAGCAGAGCUGAUGGUACAGAUGUGGAACGGCGCGCGCAUCGAUAUCAACAAUAACAAGGCACGUUACGAUGAUGACACGGCAGUGCCCGUCGAUGACAGCCUGGAGCUCAAGGUACGAUGUAGGCAUAGCAUGAGUCUUGUGUAUGACUCGAUCUGGCGUUGGAGGGAAGAAUACCAAGCACAUGGGCGAGGGCUCGACUCAUCAUCUACCCACAUGGAUAGCACCCUUCUGGCACAAAACAACGUGCCUACGACAAUGGGAUCAAUAACGAAUAACGGUGGAUUAACGCCCACUCCGCAACAUGGCCUCAACGCCGGCCCCAAUAACAUGAUUGGCCUAGGAGGCUAUGGGACCGACACAAACUACGAUUUUUUCGAUCCUCAGCAUUGGGUCCUCGAUGGGUUACUUGAUUUUAACUACACCUAUAGUCAACCGCUAGAGGGGAUGUGA